UCGCAAUGAUAAGAGAGAUUUACGAUAUAAAACUCUUUUGUUUUGCGCAAAUUAGGGAGUUCUCACUCAAAAGAUUCCUCUGCAAAAUUUCGGGAAUUCCUAUAUUUCAUAACCGAGAAAAAUCCCAGCGAUCGUGAUCGGUAUGCGGGGACGCACGUGAUCUUCAUGAUUGAUCGCGAUCGGUUGUGAUUGCUCGCAACUGCAAGCGUGGACGAUACUCGAGUCCGAGAGGAGCCAAAUGAGCGCGAAACGGCGGAGAGUAUUCUCGCGAUGCAGACAGAACGCACGAGGACGCAAGAAUGCCGCGUGCACGUUGGACACUUUACCGCCGGAAAUCCUCAGCAUCAUUCUCAAGAUGCUGCCGUUGCAUGACGUUGCCUGCACCGUUCGUCUAGUCUCCAGACGCUGCUAUGACAUUGCUGCCACGGUAUUGAACAGUGAGUUUCUAGUGGCUGGUACCAAGCUUGAGAUUACAAUGAAGCGCACGAAGGAUAUCUUGAACAACGCUAAGACUGAAAUGGAACUAGUAGAGUGCAACAAAAUUUUCAACGCGCUGGAACUCAUUCGAUGCCAAUAUCGGAUGCUAAAGGCGGUCACCUGGCGAUACACCCACCCAAGGUCGCGCGGCUUACCCAUCUCGUGUUUCUACGGCGGCAGGAUCCUCGAUAAUCUCAACUGCCUGCUGCAGAUGGUCUUCAAUCCCUGCCGAGGGUCGCGCGUCUUCAGUUACGUCGACCUGCAGAUCUUCGUGCGCACUUGCGAGAACUUCAUGGAUCACUUCGAGAAAGUUACCGAGCGCAAAGUAAACGGAUCUGCGCUGAUCUCGGGAUGCAAGCUCGUCGACGUGCUGGACUGUCUGGAGGAAGGUAGGCAGGUGCUGUCCUUUAGGAUUUCAUCGAGGACAGACAACCCUGUGGUCAGCAUGCAUCUCAGAUACGUCCUAAAACGCACGUGGUUCACGUGCUUGCGGGUGCCUAAUGCAAGUAACGAGUAUUCCUGGCGGGACAAGCAGCGAUACAUGUAUCUGAGAUUACGCCGGCUGGUCAGCAGCUACAACAAGCAUCUGUUCCAUAAGCUGCACCACGAACGCAAGCUGAUUCUUCAAGCGACGACGCCGUCGUUGGCCGAGUCCCGAAGACCGCCGCCGGCCUCCACGUAUUCGGGAUACGGCGAGUACGGGGGGCAGUUCUUUUAUUACGGUAACAUGAGCAAAUACGCUUACGAGAAUAGAUUCAAGUACACGAGACCGAGUAGCGCGGAGAACACCGGCGGGGAGCUCGAAGAGGAGACCAAUAGGCCGCCCUGCUUCGAUUUAGUCAUUGGAAUCCAAUUAAGAUGCUCGCCAGAAUUGGCGCCGCUAGCGGCAGGGACGAGUCUGAAAACUGACAGUCUCGAAGGCUGCGGUACGAACUCGUCGCAUCAGGAAUUGUAUCUGAAACUAAGCGCAAAAUGCGCGGUGUCCAGGAUCAACAGACUGCCGGAUACCUUCACCUGGGAGGUGCGUGACCCUCAAAGGAACCGCAUGCAAUAUCGUUGAAUCACGUAUACAUUCCUAUAUCUAUGUACAAUAUUUAGCGACUAGAUCGACUUUUGUUGUUGUGUAACUGAAGAUCAAAUAAAAUGGUCCGCACGUUUUAUUCAAA